AUGUUCUACAAACUCAAAUCUAAAGUGAUAGGUGCUAAAGUGACGUCUGCAGAGAAGAAAAUGGGUUCGACUUUUGAAUAUAUCAGCAACCUUUUGAGCACGAAAUCAAGUAAAAGUGCUCCCUCAACCGUUCUGCAUUUGUUUUGCUGGCACCAAGGAAUUCUCUUUAAAAAACCGCAAGGACCGAAAUAUAUUGCUCGUGCUGUAUGCUGUACUAGCACCUGUUCAACGAGCAAUCGUCGCGGACAGCCCUCCCAAAAAAUCUGUACAGACAACUCCAGUUUCGAGAACAUGGAAAGGGACAGGAUCGGCAUGUGGGGCAACGGAGACAACGUCAUCCCAAGCAUCACCUCCGGGAUAGACAGGAUGAGGAUACCUGGACUGAACAAGGGUAUGGCUUUUACGAUUGAAGAAAGGCAAGCACUUGGAAUCCAUGGCCUACUACCACCUAGAGUCAAGACACAAGAAGAACAGCUCGACCAUUGCAGGAAGUGCUUGGACGCGAUUAAAGAUGAUCUUCACAAAUAUAUCUAUUUGGCAGGCCUCAUGGACCGAAAUGAGAAACUAUUCUACGCCUUCAUCCGCAGAAACAUCGAAGAAAUCAUGCCAUUGGUAUACACACCCACCGUAGGUCUAGCAUGUCAGAAAUUCGGUUUAGUAUUCAGGAGGCCUCGAGGUCUCUUCAUCACGAUCUAUGAUAAGGGGCACGUAUACGACGUACUCAAAAACUGGCCUGAAACUGACGUCCGUGUAAUAUGUGUAACAGAUGGUGAGAGAAUAUUAGGUUUGGGAGACCAAGGUGCAUGCGGAAUGGGUAUUCCAAUUGGAAAGCUUUCCCUAUACACAGCAUUGGCUGGAAUCAAACCACACCAAACCCUGCCCAUCACUAUCGACGUUGGUACCAACAACGAGACCCACUUAAACGACCCACUGUAUAUUGGCUUGAAACAGCAGAGGCUCAGAGGUCAAGAGUAUGAUGACUUGAUUGACGAAUUUAUGCGAGCCGUGGCGAAGAGAUUCGGACAAAACUGUCUGAUUCAGUUCGAAGAUUUUGGAAAUUCUAACGCCUUCAGGUUCUUAGAAAAGUACAGGAAUAACUACUGCACAUUCAACGAUGAUAUUCAAGGGACCGCUAGUGUAGCUGUAUCUGGACUUUUGACGUCAUUGAAGAUCACCAAGAAAAAACUAUCCGAUAACGUAAUUGUGUUCCAAGGUGCAGGAGAAGCCAACUUAGGUAUCGCCCAACUAUGCGUGAUGGCAAUGACGGCCGAAGGUACCCCCGAAGCCGAAGCAAGGAAGAAGAUCUGGAUGGUGGACUCCAAGGGUCUGAUAGUGAAAGACCGACCAGAAGGUGGUAUCAGCGGCCACAAAGUGCAUUAUGCCCAUGAGCAUCCACCCGUCAAGACAUUGGUUGAGGUUGUGAAGACCAUCAAGCCUACCAUGCUGGUAGGAGCUGCUGCAGUUGCUGGGGCCUUCACCACGGAAAUUCUGGAAGAGAUGGCCAAGAAUAACAAGGACCCGGUCAUCUUUGCUCUGAGUAAUCCAACAUAUAAGGCGGAAUGUACUGCAGAACAGGCGUACACCAUCACAAAGGGUAAAGCGAUCUUUGCUAGUGGAAGUCCCUUCCCUGCAUUCGAAUAUCAAGGAAAGACAUUCAUCCCUGGUCAAGGAAACAACUCUUACAUUUUCCCUGGAGUUGGUCUGGCAGCUGUAUGCGCUGGUAUCAGAAAUAUCAGUGAAGAACACUUCUUGAUUGCUGCCCAAGCUCUCAGUGAAUUAGUGACACAGGAUAAUCUAGACCAUGGAAGCAUAUAUCCACCACUUUCCACAAUAAAGGAAUGUUCCGUGAAAAUAGCAGUAAAGGUGAUCGAGUAUGCAUACGAGAAAGGGCAUGCUAUGGUACACCCAAAACCCUCUGACAUAUAUUCCUACGUCCAAGCUCAGUCCUACAACACUGACUAUGAACCAGCCGUAACUGAACCUUGGGACUACCCAGCAAGUUGCAAACUUGACAAGUAAUGCGACUCUUCAACCUAAACCGGACGACUUAACAGCAUUUGUCAAGGCCCAAAUGUACAAUACAGAGUACGAGCCCGCAGUUCCCCCAAUUUACUCGAUACCCAAAUUAUAAAUCGCAUUUUAUUAUUAUAUUUAUAUAUGUGUGUAAAAUGUAAAUAAAUAUUUAAUAUACACUUUUUAAUUCCUUGGCAGUGGGUGAGAAGCGUACGGAAUGUAUAAUAUGCAGAUAUUUAUUAUUUGUUAAUUUUGUGAUAGAUUGACACAUUGUGAACAUUUUAUGAAUAAAUGUAUACCAUAUGUUGUAAAGUACUUUGAUUUUUGGCACAAAGCCUGUUUGACUCGCUGCCUUCAGUGGAACUUUAUUCGUUUAUAUCAAUGUACAACUCAGC